CUAAUUGCUGUUAUUUCACAGGAUUUGAAUGAAAUUUCAAGAAAAUAUCCAACUGUAAAUAUUCUUAAAUUAGAUCUUCUAGACUAUGAUUCAUACACAAAUGUGGUAGAGAAAAUUAGUGAGAUUGUUGGUCAUCAAGGACUUAAUGUUCUAGUAAACAAUGCUGGUAUUAACAUCAGAAGAUCAUUGGAUGAAGUGACCCAGAAUGAUAUGAUGAAAAACUAUGAAGUCAACGUAGUCACUCCUUUAAUAUUUACCAAGGCUGUUUUACCUUUGCUGAAAGCAGCUGCAACACAAAAUGAUACAAAGCCUUUUGGAUGUUCUAGAGCUCUAGUAGUGAACAUCUCUUCUGUACUUGGAUCAAUCCUUUCAAAUGAUUCUGGUGGACUUUAUCCCUACAGAGCCAGCAAGGCUGCUUUAAACAUGAUUUCAAAGUCCCUAGCUGUGGAUUUAUAUUCUGAUGGUAUCCUCUCUGUUUCAAUCCAUCCUGGAUGGGUAAAGACAGACUUAGGAGGACCUAAUGCUCUUAUUGACACAAGCACCAGUGUUGAAGGAAUACUGGGAACUAUUUUGAAAGUUAAAGAAAAUGAUAAUGGACUGUUAAUCAAUUAUGAUGGUAAAGUUAUUCCAUGGUAAACUCAAUUUUUUCUUUUGUAGAAAAUGUAUUGUCAAUAUUGGUGGAAUUAUUUUUACUUUGCUAUGCAGCAACUUUGUGCUGACACAAAACUCUGACCAUAAUAAAAGCUCUUUUUAUUUU